AUGAUUAUAAUUUUAUUAUUCUUGGUCAAUUUUAUUAAUGCAGACCCACUUGCUACAUAAAAAACAAAUGAAUUAAGGGAAAUGUAAUUGAGAGAUGGAAUAAUUGAAUUGAAUUCAACUGGAUAUUUUUACUACACAAUGGAAUUUCCACGACCAUAUGAUAUUGUUAUCUAUUUUGUUGCUCCCAGCUGCAAACUGUGCAAUGAUCUGAAUGAGCAUUACUAAAAAGUAGCCAAAUUCUAUGCUGAUUCAGGAGCGUUAUACAAGAGUGAAUCGAAAAGAGCUGUCUUCUUUGCCACAAUGACAUUCAAUGAUAAAAAUAAGCAAGUCUUCGAACAACUUGGAUUCAUUUCAGCCCCAAACUUAUUUAUCUCAUAACCUCAUAUAGUAUUUGUGCCACAAGAUGAAAGAGAAAGAUAUUUAAGAGACAUGAAAUGGACUAUUUCCUAUACGGAUGGUACAGUCACAGCACAUAAAUUCCUCGAAUUCAUCAACAAGAGGACUGGAAGAUAGGUCGAUUAUAAGGCCUCAACCUCAGAAGCUCUUACUGUUAUUGGUGUUCUUCUUGGAGCUUUAACAUUUGGAGGCCUGAUAUUCAUUAUAGCAAGACCCUUGUUUCUAAAUCCAAAAUUGUGGUUUAUAGGAUCAAUAAUCAUCUUCAUUACUUGUUUGGCUGGAGUCGUCUAUAACAUAAUUCAUAAUGUUCCAUUCUUUAGUCAAAAUAACAGAGGAGGCUUAUAAUGGAAGACCAAUAGUGGCAGACAACAACUUGGGUUUGAAGGAUUGUUCCUUAGUCUUGGAAUGACAUUUGUUGGAUUGACUAUGGUUUUAAUAAUGAAAUUUAAAGUUUUAGUCAAACAUCAAAAAUUAAGCAUAUUUAUCGAAAGAUUUAUAUAUGUUGCCUUAUUUGCUGCCAUCUUCAUAUUCAUCCAAUUUGUUGAAGAAAACUAUAGACAAAAGUCGCACUAUAAUCCAAUCUAUUGGCCACCAAAACAUUACAUCAAGGGACCAUUAAACAGAGACUAAGGCAAUUCAUUUUGA